UGAGUCAAGUCGGGCAAUUAUGUCAAGAAGUAUCUCUCAAUUUAAUAAUGCGAUGGAGGAAUUCUGCCGCGGAAACAGAGAUGAGUUAGACGAUCGUAAGGUUGUUUCUGCGCAGGAUGGAGUCGAAGUCAAUGACCCUUCGUCUAGAGGUAAGCUAUAAACUGUUUCUGGAUCAUUCCAGCACUGAAGGUGCGCUAAAAGUUUCAGGUAACACUCGCACUUAUUUCACAAAGUAAUUCCUCGUCUUGAAUAAAUCAGGGUAGAAAUAUAAUCUGUUUUUCUUGUACAACAGUCAUUGCUUGUGGCCGUAGCAAAGCGCAUUUUUAUUUGUCCAAAACUGACGGGCUUGGCUCUUAGAACUUCACACAAACGUUUGGCGGACCAAGAGAGCCUUUUAAACAAUAGAAAUAAAUUAAUUGUGAGUUUCACACCGGUAGAUAUCCGCAGCAUUUUGCUUUUAGUCAACAUACUACGCCCAUAGUUUCCUUUUACAAUUAUCCCGUUCAGUGUACAGGAUAUUUUGCCAAAUAAUCGUUGAUUCUCGUUGUCCAAACAAAAGGUUGUGCCUUGAAGAGAAAGAGAGUUGAAGAAACCGAGACCACGGCGGAAGAGCUAAGCAUUACUAAGAGACGGCACCGUACAACCUUUACUCAAGCGCAGCUAGAUGCUCUCGAAGAGGCAUUUAAUCGCUCACAAUAUCCCGAUGUAUUCACAAGAGAGCAGCUUGCGAAAGGAAUCAACUUGAAUGAAGCUCGCGUUCAGGUAAGGCAAUUAAUGGGUGAGUUUAGCUAAACGUUCUCUAGCCUUCGCCCCUGGCUUGAGGUAAUAUAGUCAAUAACAAUCUUUGUUUUUGCCAUUAGCCUUAAUUAAUUUGACACAAAGCACUUCGGGUUCCUCACUCGAGAUUCCAACCACACGAAUCCUGUCAUUCAAAAAGCUUUUGGAAUUAUUAAUACUUGAUGUAUACCGGGUGAGAAAUAUUUCGUUUUCUGGCAUUUUAUUCCACAACGCGUACUUGAGUUAAUCCUGCGCGGUGGUUUUCAGUAGAUGGCUUGUGAGUCAGGUUUCGGCGCAUGCGCAUAAGACGUUACACCUGUUCUUAAUGCACGUGCAAUUGUUAGCGCGAACAUUGACUUUAAUUAGCAGCUGUUGAAAUUUAUUACGAAAAGUAAACUUAUCACAUAUCUCGCAAAAUUUUACGUCCUCUUUGUAGCUUGUUACAUGGCGUUCAACUUGGAAAAAGCUGAAAAAAAUUGCCCCAAAUUUCAGAGGAAUUUUCUUCAACAAAAACUCAAAAGAUUGCAUUUCUCUGCUUAAAAGUAGAGGCAGAUUGUCAAGGAAUUUGUUUACUUUACUUGAAGAAUUUGGCACAUUUAUUAUUCAAAAAGUGCCUUUUGUAUCAACAUGAAUAAGGGAGCCAUUUGUUUUGUGAAAGCGUAAAUGACAAUUUUAAUUUCUUAAUUUUGGCACUGACAAACAGGGUAAAUUUAGAUAUGAAGAACCGGACGGACAGUAAAAAUUAAAUUAAAUUAAAACUGGUGCUAAAACACUCAUGGGCCAAACCAAUAUUCCUAAUUACUUUGCCAGCGUUUUUUGAGGUUUUGGUUGAGGUUCCACAACAUUGUCAUUGCUCUUCGGUUAACAUAAUUUAAAACCAAUAAGUGUUGGCUCUUAUCCAGGGUGCCUCUUAAUUCGAAUGUUAUUCAAAAACACUUACUAGGAGCUUGAUACAUGGCCUUGUUCUUUAGGUGUAAAGAGGAUUACAAAGGAAAACCUGCUAAAGAGGAUUAAAUAAACUUUUGAAAGCUGGCAAUAAUUUCUGGUCUCAGUUGAAAUCCAGUGCAUACAGUCAGUUAGUAAAAAGGAUGAUAGCUACAACAAAAUUUGAAAAGUAUGGUAUUGUUAAAACUCUGGUUUUAAACAAACACCAGUUAAGAUCAGAGUGGAUCAUUUUCAUUAUUUUUUGCUUCCUUUCAUCUGGUCCCUUUGUUGUCCCCGAAAGCCAACCUGUUUUUUUCUUUUUUCGUAAAUUUUUAAGCGGAAGGCGUUGUAUAGAGUUACAGGAGAUAAAAAAACCUAACCGUUAUCUAUCCAAAAAAGUGAGACGGCAAAGCUAACUAUAUCUAUUAAAACUUAUCAAGUUGAUGGGGCGAGAAAAAAGGCACAAACAGCAGAUUAUCAGGCUUCUUCCUCUUUCAACGUUUCCUUCGGAUUUUAAAACUGAAUAAUGCAAUCUUCAAUGAUUUUCACGCGUUAAUUAUUAUCGGAGUAUGUGCUCGAUAAUCUGAUAUCUUUAUUUAAUUAUAUGAAAGGUUAUUUCUACGAAGAAUAUCUUUAAGCCUCGAGCAUCGCUUUCAGACAGGUUGGAGCUUUUCCAAGUGUAAACUUGGCAAAUUUUUCGCCCCGUAGCAUUUUGGCCAAAACACCAUAUAAACAUCUUUCGUAAUAUAAAAUAAUUUUAAAUUUCUCAGAAUCCUAGCUAGGUUCAUUCGCAAAAUUUCCCUCAGUUCCAAUGUUUAUCUUCAGAAAAAAAACAUAUUUAGUAUUUAUAUAACUGAAGCAAUCGUUAACAAAAUGACCUAACUAAGCUAUAAAUAUUUUCCUUAUUUAUUUAAUUUCGAGUUAGAUGUAAUUAAUCUUUGUUGAUUUUUAGUUUUUUCACAAACGUACACAACUUUUGUCUUCUGUAGUUUUCACGGUGUCCAAAUCUCGAAUAUUUUGAGUAUUAGCUUCAUUUUUCAAUCACAACUGUGAUCUGUAAAAUAUAAUUGAAGUUCAACACAUUUUACACAUUGGACCAAGUAAUAGGUUACUUAAAUUACGGGGCUGUCCAUUCAGUAGUCUUUUCCUAUUUCUUUGUAAACGGAUAAACUUCGUUAUCCUGACAAAUCAGUUCAAAGCCUAACCAACAAAGGUUUAUUGGAUAUGUAUGUUUCACCAUAUCGCACGUGGUAUGAAUAUUUCAAGUGGACAAGCCGCGUAUUCUCUGUUGAACAACAGCUCGGCGGGCGAGCAAAUUUGUUUCAUUAGUCCGCAAGCGGGCGUCUAAUAAGCUGGAUUUAGUUUUCUAAGUAGCUAUUACGAGCGUGAAAUUUCUUGUCUUGUUGUGGCAAACAAUUUACGGCUGAUACAAAAGAUAUAUUCGCGGUAUUGAAAUGAUCCAAAACACCCGCAGCAAGUUAGUGUAAUUAUUAUAACAAGGACCAAAACGCGAUGUUGUAACUGGUAGUAUAAAGCCGUGAGUGAAGGCUAGUACAUUCAGUAAUGACAAUGGUAAACAUCAAGUGCCCAGGCUUAUAAAACGUAAUAUUUUCUACAGAUUCAUUCAUUACUUCCGAGUUCGGAAGAGAAAGCGAUUUUGUGCCCAGACUUAUAAAACGUAAUAUUUUCUACAGAUUCAUUCAGCAAAAAACAUGAGCGUAAAAGCGGAGCAUCAUUAAAGGCAAUACAUUAAUAGCAGCAUUUCUCAAUGCACAAACUGUUGGAUUUGAUCGGAGUUGAGACACCCAAGGGUCUAAAACCUUAAUAAAAGCGUGAGGACAAGGACGGGACUAAAGAUUGGAUUGCGAGACAGAACAACCGAGUUACUGUGCCAAAAAUAAGCACUUUUCACAUUAGCGUUCACUUCUUCCUAUCUAUUAGCCGCUGAGCAAUAUGGGAAUGAGUGGCGGAAAAAGAUUCAGGGACAUAAAUGUUUCAACACUUGGAAAUAUUACUCGUUUCUGCAUCUGGUGCAUACUCGUAAAAAAAUUACUUCCGAGUUCGGAAGAGAAAGCGAUUUUGUGCCCAGGACAUUUUAAGCCUGAUUUUCAAGUUUAGCUUAGCCGUGGAAUUAUUGUGUUGAGUCUUGAUUAAGAUGUCUGAGAAAUAAUUCGAAAUAUUUAUGACUAUCAGCUAUUGUAAUGAACGAAUAUGUUUGAUUCUAGAACAUCGAUAUCAUGCUUGAUUUAGCAAGAUAGGCUCUGGAUUUCGACAACUACGGUAUAUUUAUGCUAUUUGAAAUUUUGUGUCUGCGUGCGAAAACCUUUUUUAGCUUAGUUAUGGUCCGUCUAAAAUAGUCUCAAGAUUGGUAUCAAAUCACUUUAACUGUCAUCUUUAACUUUCAGAAUGAACUUUUACAACGCUGCCAAUUUUUACCCCCCUGCCAGUGACAGUGUCGUGUUUUAUGUAUAGAUUUAAUUUCAUUCCAUAGAGCUGGGAAAGCUUGUUUUAGAAGAAAACAUUUUCACAUCCCCAUUAUUGUGCAGUUUAGAUGAUACAACCAGCUCACCUUGACCGUUUCUAAUUGAAGCCAUUGUUUUCACACGUGUCUCAUUAACUCUAUGUACCUUUUAUAUCCUUUGCAACUAAACUUUUUUAUGCAGUUUAUUACCUCGACAAUGACUAAGUUGUAUGUUGGUCUAGUGUUUUUUUAAUGGCUGUUUCAGAGGCUUAUGACAUUCCCUUUCUGUACGGCCUCUUCUGAAAAUAGACCCUCCGAUUUCUCAAAAACAAAUUCAGUCCUGCUAUUUUUUUAAUCAAGGUUUUCUUUUCAGAAUUCGAAGUGCUUGGCUAACUUCACGCUAAAUUAUUGCCAUAGGUUAUUGAAAAGUUAUAUGAAUUCUCCAGAAUAGUAAUUCAAAAUCUAGGAUUCUUGAAUAAAUUUUGUUCAAUACGUUGCUUAGAAAUUAAGCAAAACAAACCUAAGAAAGUUCGAGCUACAGAUCCGCUCUCGCUUUUGGCGAUCAUUGUCAAAUACGCGCUCCAGCUACGGCAGCGUCACUGCUUCUCCGUCCUACUUUAUUACUUUUUCGCGGCUUGCGGAAAGUAUUAUCUUGUAAUAAAUCAACCCAAUCAGAAGAAUCAGAAUCAACAGGCUAACAUUAGCUCUCUGUCUUUUCUUUUUCUUAGGUUUGGUUUCAAAAUCGUCGGGCAAAACACCGAAAACAAGAAAGACAGAAUCCGCGAGCAACUUUACCAUAUCAUCAUACGGGCAUUUAUUAUCCACACGAAGCGCUUUACCCUCCAACUUCUCCUCUAUAUUUCCCAGUUCCACCGAUGGCCUGCUCGAUCAACUCGUUACCAGGUUCCAAAGCCACUCAUGAUAGUUAUGGCUCAUCUUCGCAUUCUGUCCGCUCUCCCUGCCGCUCGUGCCCUCCUGGAAGUUCGUGUUGCACUGCGGGUCCUGUGCCCACUUCCUCGUGGAGCCCCGUUUUCUCUCGGUCGCUGUCACCAUCAAAGCCGAACCUAUUGUGCGACAAAGAAGGACCGAAGCCACAUACGGCACUUGGUAUAGGACGUAGUGAAUGGUCAGCGAAGAGCCUAGCGCUUUUACGAAUGCGAGCACAGAACUACAGUCACAUUUUUGGGCCGUCUUGCUUUUCGUAA